UUAGUUUGUAUUGGUUGGCGAGAAAGGAGAGUGGUAGGGGCUGGCGGGGGUCGGGGGAGUUAAGAACAGUGGAGAAGUGAGAUUGAGAGAAACGAUAGAGCAAAGGUUGUCAUUACAGAAAUCAAAGGGGUACUCGUGGUAUUCUAAAAUACUUAUUAAAACCCUCCGCAUAGCUUCUCCGGGGAAGAGACUGCCUUCCUUUCUAGUUAUUAGCAGAUCUCAUCAAAGGCGAAAGAAAAUCUGGUUUUGUUGUUUUCCUUCCUUGCGGCGAAGAGAAUAUGGCUGAGGCUGUAGUUUGCUUUGUGGCGGAAGGGCUCGAAGAAUUCGUCAGUCGAAAUGGGGAAUACUUGUCUGAAAUUAGAGAUCAAGUUCAGCUUGCACUAACCGAGUUACAAUUGAUGCGGAGCUUUGCGAAAUUUGUGGAUAGAAGACAAGGAGACGAUGUGAAAGCACGCAUUUGGGUUGGCAGAAUUAGAGACGCGGCUUACGACUUGGAAGUUAUCGUUGAAACUUAUUCGUUGAAAGUGAUUUUGAGAAGGAAAGGAGUUAGUCAGACUGCGAUGAAAAGGUAUGCUUGCAUGUUUAUUGACCGAAUUCGCGUGCGCAAGAUUGAGUCGAAAAUUUGUGACAUUACCAACACAAUUUCUGAGUUGAGGUUGAGUUUGCAAACUAAUAGAAUUGAAGUGCCAAUUCCAAAUUAUUUACCUCCACGUGAUACUGAACUUCAUCCUCAUCCUAUUGUUGGGUUAGAAGCCAAAGUAGAAGAAUUGGUUAUGCAUUUGGUAGAAAAUGAAGAUCCAGUUAUUGCUAUAUGGGGCAUGGGGGGUAUAGGAAAGACUACUCUUGCAAAAGAGGUUUAUCAUCAUAACGCAGUCAGGCAUCGUUUUGAUUGUUUUGCGUGGGUGUGUAUAUCUGAACAAUUUGAAGUAAGACGUGUUCGGGAGGAAAUUUUGGUUCAAUUUAUUUCUCCUACCAAUGAGCAAAGAGAAGAAAUUGCAAGCAUGGAUGAUGAUGAAAUAGCCAUAGGACUUUUUCAUCUCCAACGAGAGAAGAGAUGUUUGGUGGUUAUUGAUGACAUCUGGAGAACUAAGGAUUGGAUAUUUUUACAAGAUCCAUUUCCUGUAUACGAUGCAACAGGGAGCAAAAUAUUACUUACCACAAGGAACCAGGAAGUAGCUUUAUAUGCAACUAGGAACGGUUUCAUCUGGCACUGCGACCCACUAAAUGGGGAUGAAAGUUGGGAAUUGUUUGAGAAUAUAGCAUUUUUCGGAAGGAAUGAUAGAGGCCAAUUUCCUGAAGAUCUUGAGAUUCCAGCCAAAGAAUUGACUCAAUUGUGGAUAGCAGAAGGUUUUAUAUCUUUGGCACAACAAAAGCAAAGGUUGCUGGCAACGGUGGAGGAUGUAGCAUACAAUUGUCUAAGUGAGUUGGUGGAAAGGCGUAUAGUACAAGUUGGAAAGAGGGGUUCAGUUAGAAAGAUUAAAACUUGCCGUAUGCAUGAUUUCAUGCGAGAAUUGUGCUUGUCGAAGGCACGCGAGGAGGACUUUCUCAAAAUUGUCAACUUUUCGAAUAUUGGACACGAACCAACUGGUAAAGUUCGAAGACUUGCCCUUUAUUUCGAUGGGAAUGAUGUUGAAUUGGUUUCAUCAAGAUAUGAAUCACAUGACAAUGUUAGGUCUCUAUUGUUCUUUGGCCCAAAAAAUUGGAUACCAAAAAGUACAACAUAUAUACUAUCCACAUUCAAGGAUUUGAAAUUUCUUAGAGUUUUGAAGGUUGAAUAUAUGGUCAGGGAAGUAAGGUUGCCAACUGAAAUUGGGAAUAUGCUUUGCUUAAGGUUCUUAAGUCUAAGGAAGAGUAAUAUAAUAUGGUUGCCCCCAUCUUUAGGUAAUUUGAUAUGUUUGCAAACUCUGAAUUUGGACUUCUGUCACUCGAAUGAUCGGACUCCAAUAAUUCCGAAUGUGAUAUGGAAAAUGGAACAGUUGAGACAUCUAUACUUACCGUAUUACAGCUCAAGUAGCGUACUCCGACUGUCUAACCUCUGCAAUUUGCAAACCUUAUCUUGUGUUUCAAGUGACUUUUGUGAUAUGAGUGAUCUUACAAAAUUAACCAAUCUCAGAAAACUGGGUAUACGAUUGUCAAGACCUGUGCAAAAUCUGGAGGAAUUAUUGAGAUCUGCAAGCAGCACACUAAACCGAAUUCAGUCUCUAUUUGUGAAGAAUGAUGUUGGAGUUAAUAUUCAGGAGGAGGUUAUGCAAAUAGUAUUAAGUUGUUGUCGUAUAUACAAGUUGAAGCUGUAUGGACCUAUCAAAGAGCUGUCGACAGACCCCCAGCACUAUCCAAACCUCACCAAGUUAUCGUUGUGUGAGUGUCAUCUCGAGGAUGACCAAAUGGCAAUACUAGAGAGGCUGCCAAACUUAAGAAUUCUUUCACUUCAGUCUCUGAGUUUCCAGGAAAGCACAAAGACACUGGUAUGCUCCAGUGGAGGUUUUCUUCGUCUUGAAACUCUUUCCCUGGAAGACUUGAAAACACUAGAGGAAUGGAGGAUUGAGGAAGGAGCCAUGCCUAGUCUCCUUCAGUUGGGUAUUCGUUGUUGCUAUAGAUUGAAGACAGUUCCACAUGGGCUGAUAUAUAUCACUAGCCUCAGGGACUUUACCAUCGGCCGGAUGCCUAGAACAUUCUACAGUAGGCUUCAGGAAGGAGGCGAGGAUUUCCAUAUAGUGCGGCGUGUACCUUGCCUUGUACUUGGGGAUGUGCACGAGGAAUAGGUCCAGAGGAUGGAACAUGUGAAGCUAUGGCUGCUUUGAGGCGUUGUGCAAGUGACGAAACUCGGCAGCAUUCUACGGUUUAUGAUUCUGAGUCUUCUAGAGGAAGUUAUGCAAGUUUUGGCAGCUUAAGGUCAAAAUCGGCAGCAUAUGCGUUAUUGGGCCAAAAAUGACAUUUGAAGGUCUUUCCGAUUGUUCCUUGAGCUGGGCUGCAUAUGUUUGGAAAGAUAAGAUAAAGUGCUUCAAGAUCCAUAUUUUUCCAGAUUUUUCAGAAUGGAGGCACAAGCUCAAAACGAGCCCACAAGCUGACUGCAAUGCAUUGUCAUGCAUGAGCUAAUUAUUUUUGGUGGGGAAGUUAGGUAAAGUUGGUGAAUUGAGUGUUGUAAGUUGGUGAAGUGAGCGUUGUAGGUAGAAGCAAUACUCAAUUCAGAAUUUUACUUGCCUUGGGCCUAUAAAUAGUGAGGUUCUCCAAGCUUGUAAACACACUCCAAGGGGGGGAGCUCUCAAACACUUCUCUAGAGCUCCCCUUCCUUCUCUUCCUCAAAUUCUCUUAGUUUUCCUUUCUAGUUCUCAAUUGUUGUAACAAAAUCUUUUUACUAAAUUUUCCUUCAAGUUUUUGAGUUCUAAUUUAAUUUUUAUUUGUAA